UCAAAAUCUAUAACAUUAUACAAAAAAAAAAAUUACAUGAUGAAAACUCAAAAUAGGUUCUUGAUUGUUGUUCUAUCAAUACUUUUUGUUUCAACUUGUGUUUCUGCUCAACUUACCGCUAAUUAUUACAGUAAAACAUGUCCUAAUGUCGAAUCAAUAGUUCGUUCUGCUGUUCUGAAGAAGUUUCAGCAAACUUUUGUUACUGUUCCUGCUACUCUCAGAUUGUUCUUCCAUGAUUGCUUUGUCCGGGGAUGUGAUGCAUCGGUGUUGCUAGCAUCACCUAGUAACAGUGCGGAGAAGGAUCAUCCAGAUAAUCUUUCACUGGCCGGAGACGGGUUCGACACGGUGGUGAAGGCUAAAGCUGCGGUGGAUAGUGUUCCUCAAUGCAAGAACAAAGUUUCAUGUGCUGAUAUUCUAGCUCUUGCUACUAGGGAUGUCAUCAACUUGGCAGGGGGACCAUUUUAUGGAGUUGAAUUGGGAAGGCGUGACGGGAGAAUUUCAACAAAAGCUGGCGUUCAACGGAAACUACCCGGCCCUCACUUUAAUUUAACUCAGUUAAAUUCCCUCUUUGCUUCUCAUUCUCUUUCUCAGACUGACAUGAUUGCUUUAUCAGGUGCACAUACACUUGGAUUCUCUCAUUGCAGCCGAUUCUCAAAAAGAAUCUACAAUUACACCCCUAAAAACAGAAUCGAUCCAACACUCAAUUUCCAAUACGCAAUUCAACUCAGACAAAUGUGUCCUACACGAGUUGACUCACGAAUCGCCAUUAACAUGGACCCAACAACACCACAAUUAUUCGACAAUGCUUACUUCAAAAACCUUCAGCAAGGAAAAGGAUUGUUCACAUCCGAUCAGAUUCUGUAUACUGAUCCGAGAUCGAGACCGACUGUUAAUCUCUUUGCUUCCAACAAUGUCGCCUUUCAAAAUGCUUUUAUUUCCGCCAUUCAAAAGCUCGGCCGAGUCGGGGUCUUGACGGGAACAAAAGGCGAAAUCAGGAAUGACUGUAGCCGUAUAAACUAGAAAUUUUAGACUAUUUUUUUUAGCAAAGGGUCAUCUCGGUUUCUAAAUUUGUAUGUCGGGAUCAAUUAAGUCACAAUUAAUUAUUUUAAAUAAGUAAAGAUCAUUGUCUCCAUUUUUAGGUCAAUUAAGUCUCAAAUUGUAAAAGAAACGCGAUGAUCUAAUUUUUAGACUUAAUCAUUUAAAAAUAGAGAGUAUUGUUUUAAUUGAUCCAAAAAAUAAAAUGUUGUUUUUAAUAGAUUGAAAUAGCUAAGUGUAAAUUAAUUGAGUAUGAUGCACAAUUUGAUUCUUAUUUA